AUUUCUAUUUUGAAAGGAUAAACUUAAGAAAGCCAAGAUAUGAAUACAAAGAUCUCAUUCAUAUUUCAAUAGAAGAAAGUUGCUUUCACAAGAAAAGAAAGGAACUUACUUAUUCCGUUAUUUCCAGCCCAUAUCGUCAUACAUUAUCAGAUGUUUCAUAUAGCCUUUUCUUAAAUAGGUUUACUCUGAAAAUAUCUGAGUGAGAAUGCUAUGUACUAUUUAUAUUUCCAUUUCGGGAUUUACUUAAGGACAAUCAAUUACAUUUCUAUUGCGGACAUUCCUUAUGAUUUUGCACUUCAUGACAUGACAAACUAAGAGGCUUCUCGUAGAAGUGCAAGUCUAUCGAGCAAUUAUGAAAAUGUUAGCGAUGCAGUGGUGUUGGUCGCCUACAGCAGCCAGUGCAAGGCACACUGAAGCACUUCUCAAAUACCUGCAUGUUCGAUGGUACUCCGUACAGAUAUCCCCCCAAAUGACAGAAUGUCUCUGAUAACCUUUUCUUUUCAUUUGCCGUGGCAUCAGGGCUUUGCACAGUGCUUCCUUUACUUCCUAUUGCCUUAUUGCUGUACCAUUGAUCAAAUGCACUUUCCUCUGUCAAACACACUUGCUUGAGUAAACUAUGUGCAAUAUGCAAGAAAUAUUAAGUUGCAUAAUCAUAGCAUAUUAUAGAAAUCACAGACUAAUGUUCCAGCAGCUUAGUUUUUUGCAGGGUCGGACUUAUUGGUGUGGCAUCAAUACGUCGUGUUUUCGUGAGGCGGGUAAGCUUGUGUAAAGAACUGCAUCAGAAGAGGAUGUCUUAAGUGGUAUCAGGAGCCAGAUGACAGACCAAAUUUAAAGAGUCAGCAUCUGCAUAUCUGCACAGGCAUAAGCUUUGCCUUUUUUAUAUCAAAAAAGUGUAUGUCGAGAAGUUGGUGGCAAGUGGCUGGCAUGGCGAGGUGGGGGUCUGGGAGGCAGCUGAGCAGGGGCAUGGCUUCCACCUCGUCCGACCAACAUGCUUAGAGGAGGAAGCGCAGGUCUGUGUCAUUGCUGAAUUUCUGGGCCGCCUAUGAGAUCUCCUGUUCUCCAUUCAUUCACAUGACCAAGACAAUUGCCACUAUCAUAUUUCAUCAGGGAAUUCCAGUUUUGUGUAAUUUUUUAAAUGGUUCUUAUGCUACUUCUUAGCAUUCUUAAAUGGAGUUGAAACUAAGAUCAGCUAGUCCGCCAAUUUUAAAUUUCUACUCCCUCUGUCCCAUGAAACAUGUCUUAACUUUGUCUAAAUUUGGAUGUAUGUACACACUAAAUAGUAUCUGGAUGCACCCAAAUUUGGACAAACUUAAGAUAAGUUUCAUGGGACGGAGGGUGUAUUUUGAAAGGAUUUAAAAUGCUAAGAUAUGAAUACGAAGAUCUCAUUCAUAUUUCAAUAGAAGAAACUUGCUUUCACAAGAAAAGAAAGCAACUUACUCACUUAUUCCGUUAUUCCAGCCCAUUUCGUCACACCUUAUCAGAUGUACCUUAGAGCCUUUUCUUACAUAUGUUUACUAUAAAAGUAUCUGAGUGGGAAUACUAUGCACUAUUUAUAUUUCCAUUUCGGGCAAUAACCUUCAUAUUCCGGACAUUCCUUGUGAUGUUGCACUGCAUGACAUGGCAGACUAAGAGGCUUCUGUCGAAACUGCAAGUCUAUCGAGCAAUUAUGAAAAUGUUACUGAUGCGCGGUGCUGGAUGCCUGCAAGAACCGGUGCAAGACACACUGAAGCACUUCUCAAAUACCUACAUGUUUGAUGCUACUUCUUAGAGAGAUCCCCACCAAAUGACCGCAUAUUGUAGAAAUCGCAGACUAAUGUUCCAGCAGCUUAGUUUUUUGCAGGGUAGGGCUUAUUGGUGUGGCACCAAUGCGUCGUGUAUUCGUGAGGCGGGGGAGGUUUUUGUGUACUGUCUUAAGUGGUACCAGCAGCCAGACGUCAGACCAAGUUUAAAGAGUCAGCAUCUGCAUAUCUGAUGAAAUACAAUUGUGUGCAACCUACCCUUGAUGAGAGAAGAAAUAUGGAGAGUGGAAAACAUAUCUUAUGUAGACACCCACCAACUUAUGGCAACCUCGUCACAGUUCUCUCUAUUGAUGGUGGAGGGAUUCGAGGAAUCAUUCCAGCUGUUGCUCUUGCUUUUCUAGAAGCAGAGUUGCAGAAACUUGAUGGAGAGGAAGCCCGAUUAGCAGACUACUUCGAUGUCAUUGCUGGAACUAGCACAGGAGGGCUUGUGACUUCGAUGCUCACUGCACCUAACAAGAAGAGAAGACCACUUUUUGCUGCCAAGGAUAUUCAAGCAUUUUAUAUGGACCAUGCUCCCAAAAUUUUCCCACAGCUCAGGGGUGCAUUCGGUCGGAUAAUGAGGAUGCUCCGAUCAUUGUCAGGACCUUCCUAUGAUGGCAAGUACCUUCAUGAAGUUGUGAGACAGAAAUUAGGAAACACCAGGCUGCAUCAGACUUUAACAAAUGUUGUAAUACCAACUUUCGAUAUCAAGCGGCUACAACCAACCAUUUUUUCGUCCUUUGAGGUUAAGAAAAAUAACACAAUGGAUGCUUUGCUAUCAGAUAUUUGCAUCAGCACAUCCGCUGCUCCAACAUAUCUACCUGCACAUUACUUCAAGACGGAAGACUAUCAUGGAAACAUCAAGGAGUUUAAUCUUAUUGAUGGGGGAGUAGCUGCUAAUAAUCCGGCUUUAGUUGCCAUUGGAGAAGUAACCAAGCAGAUUUUCAAGGAAAAUCCAGAUUUCUUCCCAAUAAAGCCUAUGGACUAUGGCCGUUUCUUGGUCAUUUCACUUGGCACCGGCUCAUCAAAGUUUGAAGAAAAGUACAAUUCACAAAAGGCUAAAUCAUGGGGAGUGUUGGGUUGGUUACUUAGCAGUGGAUCCACACCAUUGGUUGAUAUUUUCACACGAGCAAGUGCAGAUAUGGUUGAUAUUCACAUUGCUGCUGUUUUUAAAGCUUUACAUUCUGAGCAGAACUAUCUGAGGAUUCAGGAUGAUACCCUACGCGGAACACUCUCCUCGGUUGAUGUUGCCACCAAGGAUAACUUGGAGAAACUUGUCAGUAUUGGAGAGAUGUUGCUAAAGAAACCUGUCUCACGGGCAAAUUUAGAGACUGGUCAGAUGGUGCCUGCUUGUAGUGACACAGAUGUGACCAACGAGGAAGCUCUCAAGAGAUUUGCAAAGCUGUUGUCUGAUGAAAGGAGAAUUCGCCAAGCAAGGUCACCGAAAUGAACCCGGGUCUCUUUUACGUCAAUACUCUGCCAGAGAGAAACUUUCUCCGCAUGUCAUACACCAGCGACCAAUUAAUUGAUCUGUCUCUUGAAGUUCAAUU